CCAGGGCCGGCUGCGAGUGCGGGCGGGAGCCGCUGGGGCCGACUGCGGACUGUGGAAGGGCCAGCCGAGUGGGCGGGUUCGAAGGGAGGCGUGGGAAGGCCCAGCGGACCGAGGUGCCCUGGCGGAGACUCGGGAGGUUUCACCCGAGGUCGCGACGACAGGCUGGGACGGCGGCGCGGAGGUUUAAGUGACCUGCCCGGCGGAAGGUCGGCUCCGACCGGCUCGGGCGUGCGGUGGAAGCGUCGGGCGGUGUCUGCAACUCUGGGCUGCCAGAGCUCGCGGGCCGGAGGAGGCCACCGGGGAGACUUGGGAGAAUGAGGACCUCCGCUUGGCCUGAGGGGCGGCGAGGAUAUGGGAGGCGACCCAGGAGGCUGGGGACGAAGGGGUGACAAGGGCGGCGAGCUUCUGGCUGCGUCCUGGGUCUCUCACCCUGUGGGUGGGGGCGGAUGGGGCUGCACGCCUUGUGCCAGAUGCGGCUCUACCCCAGGUGGGCCCGGAAACCGGACCACUGGAGUGACCAGCUUUCACCCCUCAGCUCCCGGCCCCACCUGGAUUCUGGCACUGCCAGUUCUAUUGAUUUUCCGUGUAACCGGGCAGUCAGGCCCGCGCUGAGUCCUGCUGCAGGGUGACCUGCCUCUGACCAGCAACUUCUAUAAGAGAAGGUACUUGUGGCCCCAGGGGGCCACUCCAGGAACCCACUAAUGCCACCCUUCACCUGUCCACCCUCACACCCCUUGGGCCCUGGAAGUUAAUGAAGUGAUGUAAUGACACUGAGUGGGUCUGAGUGUGGGUCCCCUCCCUCCGAGGGUGAGCGUUGGAGGCCCAGGCCAGGGCAGCCCCCCUCAGGUCCUGAGUCUUCCUUCAGAUCCUGCUCCCCCAGGAUGGCAGAUGCACUCGGGCUUCCAGCGCCCCAGUGGGCGCAGCCCCAGGGCAGCGGCCACCUGUCGUUACAGGAGGCGGUGCCGCUGACCUUCCAGGACGUGGCCGUGUACUUCUCUCGCGCGGAGGGGCAGCAGCUGGACUCAGACCAGCGGGCACUGUACAGGGAUGUGAUGCUGGAGAACUACGGGCACGUGGCCUCACUGGGACUCCCUGUCCCUAAGCCGGAGCUGAUCUCCCAGCUGGAGCAAGGUGAAGAGCUGUGGGUGCUGGAUCUCAUGGGAGCUGAGGAACCGGAGCCCUUGAACAGCUGCAGCACAGUUCUUGCGCUAGCAAGGGUUGGGUCCCGGCUGGAGUUCGGGGUCAGGACCAAGGUCACCCUGAAGGAGCUAUUGCUGGGGAGUCACCCUCCCCCCGCCUACCUGGCAGCACCAGCUGUGACUGUGUCCGAGGCCCUGACGGCCCGGCCCGUUAGAAAGCCUCGCACCUCGCUUGUUGGCACCUGA